UACAACAGCAGCAGGAUGGGCAAUCGUGAUGACGAGUAUGAUUAUUUAUUUAAAGUUGUGCUGAUUGGAGACUCGGGUGUUGGAAAAAGUAACCUGUUAUCGAGAUUUACUAGGAAUGAGUUCAAUCUGGAAUCGAAAUCAACCAUAGGUGUGGAAUUCGCUACUAGAAGUAUAGAGGUUGAUGGUAAAACUAUCAAGGCCCAGAUAUGGGACACUGCUGGACAGGAGCGCUAUCGUGCGAUAACUUCCGCUUACUAUCGUGGAGCAGUCGGUGCACUGCUUGUGUAUGACAUUGCGAAGCAUCUGACGUACGAGAAUGUGGAACGAUGGCUCCGGGAGCUACGCGACCAUGCUGAUCAGAAUAUCGUCAUCAUGCUCGUCGGCAACAAGAGUGAUUUGCGGCAUCUGCGUGCCGUACCCACGGAUGAGGCGAAGGGUUUCGCAGAACGUAACGGGCUCAGCUUCAUUGAAACGUCCGCAUUGGACUCGACCAAUGUUGAAACAGCAUUCCAAAACAUACUCACAGAAAUCUACCGAAUUGUAUCGCAAAAGCAAAUUCGGGAUCCGCCAGAAGGCAGCGUAAUUAGACCGAACUUGGAAAACAUCGACGUGAAGCCGACCAAUCCGACGACUGAUUCCGUGCGAAAACAAUGCUGCCAGUGACCGCCGCAAGCAGAAGAAGAAGACGAAGAAGAGACGACGUCCGUUCAUGAUGCUGUUGUGUAUUCAGUAAUAACAUCAUCCAGCACUACUAUUACUACUACAACUACCGAUAGUACUGCAAGCACUACUACUACUACUGCUACCGUCGCCCACACGGCUACUGCAUCUAAUAUUACAGAACAAGCUAAAAUUAAAUACAAUAUUGCUCCAAAUGAAA